AUGAACGCCCUGCCCAAAUACGUGGUCUCGAACACCUUAAGGGCCGCGGACUGGAACAACACGAAAAUCAUCGGCGGUGACGUCAUCGAAGCGCUUCGCGAUAUUAAGGCCGCAUCGGAACGCAAUCUGUACGUCUUCGGCAGCGCCGAAUUGCUGGCGACGCUCCUGCCCGCCGGCAUUGUCGAUGAAUACCGGCUCGGUCUCGCCCCGCUCCUGCUCGGGCGCGGCAAUCUGCUGUUCAAGCCGUCCGACACCCGGAUCGAUCUCGAACUGCUCAAGACCCAGCCGCUCAAAAACGGUGGCAUCGUCCUCUAUUACGGUUUGAAAACCCCGAGCUGA